UUAUUCUUCGUCUCUCGUCCGCGCCUCCUCUUCUUCUUCUGCUUCUUUCGAGUGCCACUUGAGAACCGAACCCUAGUCGCAGACCUGCAAUUAUCACUCUCUACGCCUCUUUCGUCCCAAUCUUUUUUGAAUUGCUUAUCCGAUUCUUUCUUCCGAUGAUUUUUUAUCGUCUUUCUCGCUGAAAAGUCCACUUUCAGGAGAGCUAUUUUUUAUUAUUUAUUUAAUUAGCAAAUAUGUCUUCCACGACGAGCCAAGUUUACAUCCAGGUCAUAGAAGACGUCAUCGACAAGGUUCGGAACGAUUUUAUCAAUGGAGGCCCUGGUGAGGGUGUUCUCAAUGAGCUUCAAGCGCUCUGGGAAAUGAAAAUGAUGCAAUUUGGUGCUAUAUGUGGUCCUAUAGAGAGGUCAUCUCUACCUAAGGCGGCUACCGGUGGUGCCAUAACUCCAGUUCAUGAUCUUAAUAUGCCCUACGAAGGGACUGAGGAGUACGAAACUCCUACAGCCGAUAUGCUCUUUCCACCUACUCCUUUACAGACUCCCAUUCAAACUCCUUUACCUGGAACUGUAGAUAACACUGUGUAUAACCUUCCUGGACCAAAUGACUAUCCUACUCCACAUGAUACUGGCAGUGCCACUGACGUCAAAGUUGGAAGACCUAGUCCUUACAUGCAACCACCUUCUCCCUGGAUGAAUCAAAGAACUCUUGGCGUGGAUGUUAAUGUUGCUUAUGUUGAAGGGCGGGAUGAAGUGGAAAGAGGAAAUUCACACCAGCCAAUGACACAGGACUUCUUUAUAUCUUCAGGAAAGCGGAAACGCGAGGAUUUUGCUCCACAUUUUCACACUGGUCCAUACAUACCACAACAAGAUGGAGCUGGAGAUGUGAAGAUGGAGGGUUCUCAAGCAGAAGCAGGUCAGGUGAGAAAUUCACCAAAUAGAUUUGGCAAAGUGAUGGCAAAUGGUUUGCUAUUAAGUCAAAUUAUGACAGCUUCAAAGAUUCCACAAUAUGAUGGGCCAACUCCAGAUGGAUAUGAGGACAUUGUAACCACACCAGGGUUAUACCCUUAUCAAGGAGUCGCAAGUGAAGACUACAAUACAGUGAACACACCAUCUCUCCAUGAUAUACAAGUAGGUACGCCGGCUGUUGGUGCACAAAAUGAAGGUGGGGAUGGUGAUGAUGAUGAUGAUGAGCCACCUUUAAAUGAAAAUGAUGAUGAUGAUGAUUUGGAUGAUGUGGAUCAAGGAGAGGAACCAAACAUGCAGCAGUUGGUUCUGGCUCAAUUUGAAAAGGUGACACGGACAAAAAGCAAGUGGAAAUGCACACUCAAGGAUGGCGUUAUGCACAUAAAGGAUAAGGAUAUCCUCUUCAACAAGGCAACUGGAGAAUUUGACUUCUGAGUUAUUUUGGCACGAAGAGGAAUCCACCAAGCAGCUGCGAUUUUGGAGGUUUGCAUUCUUGUCGUCAGUUGACUGAAGGGAGAUGUCCGAAGGGAAAAUUGAUGCCUACAGGAGUUGAGGGUUGGCUGGAUGUUUGUACAUAAGGAAAAGCCUUUUUCAAUAGUUUAAGGAAGGACUAUGCUUCGGUUUAUUAUUCCUGUCGUUAAAUGUGUAUUGCCAUAUGCGUUGUAUAUUUGGAGUUUUUCUUUUUCCUAGUAAAAUUAUAACAAACUCCCCACGCACACACAUUCUGUUUCUGAAUUGUUUUGGUGUCUUGCGAUAUGAUGCAGCAUGUAUUGUUUAUCAUCUACUGAACUUUAUUGUGCUGUUGUA